AUGAAGUUCUCUCGCAGCACGAAAGACGUUCAGCAACCAGAAGUGACCAUCACGCUAGAUAAUGACAGUACAGGCCCCUUCCAUCCCGGAUCUCGAGUCUCCGGCAAUGUUUCGUUUCCACACGACCCGCACAAGCCAAUUCAGAAGGCGGAAGUCGUCCUGUUCGGGCGGGCCACCACGCGCAUCCCCCGAAAAGGAGCAACGAACGGCGAACUCACACUCCUUCAAUUCGACGACACGGCCGAGAUCUUCCGCUCAGUCCAACACGUGCCGCUCGACAGGGACGUCAAGAACGACACGGGAGAGAACUACGAAUGGCGCUUCGACUUAAGGUUUCCCGAGACCACUUCUCUGACCUCCAAAAGCCCUUAUGCGGACGAGAGCAGAUUUGAGGGAGCCUACACUUUGGAAACUCAUGCCUUACCGCCUAGUUUCAGUAUGGUCGCGAGCGCCAGCACUUUUGCGGUGGUUGGGUACCAUGUCCAGGCCCGACUGCAGUUUGAAGGCGAGGAGGAGCCUUUGAUUGCUCAGUUUCCAGAGCAGUUGGUCUUGCUUCCUCGUGCUGCCCAGCAGCAACCGCGCCAACCGAUCGAGGUCGUCAAAUCUGCAGUACGCUUCUCUAGCCCACACCUACUACCAAGUGCCAGUGGCUCGAGGUCAUCCUUCCGCAUCCUCGGAGGCAACUUUUCUUCCAAGGCUCCAACCGUUAAUGUCGGUCUCAGAGCGAACCUUCCUACUACACUAGCCACUGGAGCCUCUUUCCGUCUCUCUACGACCGUCGAGAUCAGCUCACCCUCUUCAUCCAACAUCACCAUUCCAACCAUCAACGUACGAGUAAAAACGCUUCGGCUCUUCCAGCGUACGUACCUCCGAGCCCUCCGAGUCGCUCCGGGCGGUACAGGCCAUCGCGUCGUGGAGACAAAGUGCGAGGAAGCCGUUCUACUGAACACUUUACCCCCGUCUAUCGAUGUUUCACGGCAGCACGCAACAGAUGGAGUGGAGAAGGUGUGGACGUAUCCGGCGGAGUUUGAGAGCAGAGUGCCUGGGACUACGUGUCCGUGUUUUAGUACGGUGAAUAUUAAUCAGGGGUUUAGGACGGAUCUGGUUUUGGAGGUGACGAUCUGUGGGAAGGCGGUGGAGUUUGUGGUUGAGGUACCUGAGAUUGUUGUUGUUGCUCCGUCUUAG